UUUGAUUUUCAAUUUAAUUGAAAAUCAAAUGGCCCUAAGGGUACACGCAUUCACGAGAAUAAAAUAAACACUCUAAUUGCCACGUGGUCUUUGCGAAAUAACAUUAACGUCUUACGAUAUUCUUAUUAUUUUUUACUUUAAAGCUUAAAAAGAUAAAUUUAUGUUCAUAGGAGAAAUAAAAGGAGUGGUCAUGUAUAUGUCAUAAGCACAAAGCCACGUUGUCAUAUACUCAAAUUUUUUCUUAAUACUUGUUUCCGUUUGUUUUGCAAUAUCUUUGUUUACCAAUUUGAUGUAAAAGUGCUUGCCAUGAGCGCAGGAAACCAUCAGAUAAAAAGUUCAAAACACCUAACAAAACACCACAUAAUAUUAACAAUUAUUCGUUCUUGUCAACUUUCUUUGUUAAAUACACGUUGUUGUUCUGUAAGCAUAUUAAAUUUUCAGAUGAGGCUCAGUUAUGCUUAACCUAUCACAAAAAAAAGGCUGAAGUUAUACUUACUGUAUGCUUAUUACGAUGAAACCUAGUAUUCCCGAAAAUGUGAAAAGGUUAGCAUAAACCUGUUAUUACUUCUAUGGCCUCCUUAAAAACCCUAAUUUCACCGUAGGAUAACGGUGACUAAUUUUUCGUUAUCGCCAUUUCGUUGAUAGGCUUGUGAAUAUACUUUGCAAUGCUUAUUUUUCACAAAAAAGAGGCCGAAUGGGUAUGCUUAUAAACGUUAUGCUUAUAAAAAAACAUUUGAGCAUAUAAAAUGAAUUGCUGGAAAAAAUAGUCGGUAAAAUGUGACGAAGGCUUUACCGACCAAAAUUUUAUACCAGAUUUUUUUUGAAUAUUUAAUUCAACAAGUAUUUGAAUAAUUAUUCGGUAAAAAAGACUAAAUGGUUUGUGUCGAUUAUGUUUCGAGACUUCAGGAGAGAAUAAUAACAGGAGAAUGAGCACAAACGUAUUAAAACUCAAGUAAUACGUGUCUCUCUUUUGUUGCUAUGUUGUGUGGCAGCUUGUCAGCAAUCGACAUUACGCAAUAUUUUUCUUAGUUAGACAAAAGAUUUCUAAGAAUAUUAACGGGGAUUUCCCUUUUUUUGACAGAAAAUCUGUUAUAUGUAUAAAUAUAUUGGUAAGUAAAUGAUUCUAAUGUAAUGUAACUCUUGACAAUAAAACGGUAAACAUUUUUGUAAGGAUUAAAGAUACAUAGAUGAUGGUUAUGAGCAGAUAAGCCGAUAAAAAAUAAUAAAACUCGCAGUAUAAAGCGCUUCUGAGCCUUCGUUUCAAAUUGCGUAACACAUACGUAAACUGCGCACAUAAAAAAGUCCACAAAAUAUGAAUAAUAAUACUUGUGAAAAAAGGAAAAGUUACCAUAAGAAUCAUAAAAAUUACCUACAAUAUAGUGGGGGAUGGUUGUUUUCUUUUUUUAAAAAGAAAAAUAUGCUCAUCUUACAUGGGUAUUAUCUUGUCUGGAGGGACAAGACUGCUGUCGUUGGUCGGGUUAGGCAAGUGGUCGUUUAAAAGCAGAUUUAAGUGUAUAUAGAAUGAAUAGAAUGAAGAUGAUCCUGAUUGAACUUUUUGUACAUUCUAAACUGUGAUGCCUGUACUGGUGAUAACAGACCUCUCUUUUAUAGUUGGGAAAUGCUGUAGUUCAAGUGAAUCUAAAGUGGUUAUAAGCAAUUUAUAUGAAUUUUGAAUUGUAAAUUAAAGAAAAUAUAUAUAUGAAAAAGUAACAAAAAAACAAGAAAUAGUAAGUAUUAGAGAGAAUCCUAACGAAAUUGUAGCUACAGCUAUUCAGUACAUAAAUGUACAAGUAGUAAAAGAUAAUGUGGCACUAGCAUCUCUGCUAAAAAUAUUAGUAGUCAAAAGUUUCUUCAAUUACAUAUUUCAAUAAGAUGAAUUAAAAGAUAGUAUUUUUUUCUCAAUUAAUUUGUUUGGGUUCAAGUAAACUGAUAAAGUAACACGAGUUAGGUCUUCUUUUUCAUGAAAUAUGGCAAGCAUGAAAUAGUUCUUAUUAUUAUGAAUAUUAUGGUAGUAACACGAUACUUUUAUUCAUGCUUAUUAUAAUGGAAGGGGUUGGAUUGCCCUACCAACCCGCUUUUUUUUUUCUUAACAUAUUUAAAAAUUUUCAGAAUUUUAUUUUUGAAAACACCAUGGCAACAGUGUUGCUAAAUAUGGUGCGAGAGAAUUGUUCUUCUUCUUGUACUUUUCAAGCAUUUUUUUAUGCUAUACCUGUUUCAACAACAUAGCUUAAAAGCUGAGGUGGCUUCUUACUCUCCCCAGGAUAUUUGACACCCGAAAGCCCAGGAUAAAUAGGGUUAAUUUAUUCCUGCAUUGUCUACUAACAUAUCUUUCAUUUUUAUGAAAUUAAAUUUUUAAUUUUCAGUGACCAUACGUAGUAAGCAAACAAAUCAAUUUUUUUUCAGCAGAAAUGGAGUAAAAGAAGAGAAGUGUAAUGUGUGAGUGAAAGCUUACAACGGUUUUAAUGAGAAUUAAACACUCCGUCAAUACUUAAGAAAGGAUUUUUAGGUAUUGAGUACCAGUUAAUUAUAUGACAAACCAAUAAAGUUAACUGUAGCAGCAACCAGUGAACAACUUGUGCUAACGUUCCGCGGGAACAGAGAAUUUACAGACAUUGUGUGUUAUUAUAUGUUGACAUAACAACUUAAGUUUUUUGACCGCAAAUGUUUUUUCUCUUGGUUGUUUAUGAAUUAAUUUGUGGGCUAAUAAAAACGAUGACUCAUCUUGGUUGCGAGAAAUUUCAUUCACAUGAGUUUUUUCCCAGAUGUACAGAGAGCGCAAAUAUGCCCUUUGCCGUUGCCCUAUGUUGUGUGCUUUCACCCGACAUGGUGCACGUCAAAUUGACUAGUGCUGUGCUGCGUUACUAACUAUUGGAAAUACAUUUUUUAUUGAGGUAUAGGUUUAAAACAAUGUUCGUCUAACAAUGUAAACAAUAUUGGCCUGAAGUAUUACCGUUAUUUUAUGAAUAGAAACUUGCAGUACUUUUAUAUAAAAAGAAAUCUUUAUACAACAGAGACUAUAAAAACAAUAUUUUUAAAUGGUUUGUACACAUUUUGUAGCCUGCCGUUCAUCAAUUAAUUAUUCAAUAAAUAACCAACUAAUCUAAACAAACAAGAUUAUUUUUAAUGUCAAAUUUCCAUUAACUUGACCAUGCAUGUUCGCUCAUAAUAUAAAUAUUUUUCUUGGCAAAUGUUUUUGUCUAUUAUAAAAUACCUCAGUAAAGGGAAAGUGUUUCAAUCUACAUCUUGAACUAAGGGUUUUCCCCGAAAUAGUGAUUUAUAAAGUAAUGGCCAAGUUCCGAAAAGUCAGUCUGCGAUUGUUUGCUCCAACAAAGAGAUGCCGCGGUAUUUUCACCUGGAAGAUUCUCACCUGAAAGAUUCUCACAUAAGCAAAAUCAUUUGGGUUCCAAUUAUAUGGCUUAUUUACUCAAUACCCUUUUGCAUAAACCUAGCAAGUUUGGAUGUGUGCAAAAGAAAUCAUGAUGUGUUUAUUGGUUUGUCAGUGGCUUGGUUUGUAGUUGUGUUUGGUCCGCAGUUUUACUUAGUGUACUCAUCUGUCAAUAACCACGAUGCCAAGCCAUACUCGCUAACUUGGAUAAACAUUCCGACGUUAUUGUACAUCCUGUUUAUGAUUGGUCCAUAUUGUUUUGGUUUGUAUCAAAUGACAAAACAUGUUGACAUGGUAACGGUUAAAGAGGUACCAAAAAAGGAUUUUUUUAUUCUACAAACAGUGAUGCCAGUGCUGGUGAUAACUAAUCUAAUCUAUCCUCUACCAAUUCGUGUAAACAAAGCAGCUGGUACAGCCAGUGCCAUGGUUGGCUUCUUGAAUGCUUUCGAUAUUUCAGACGUGAUGGUAGAUUACAAAUACAUUCAGCACUACAGUACUGCAACUGAAGUUUGGUUCUUUAUCUCUAUUAUUAUAUCAGUUAUACUGCUUGCUUUUCCAAUUGGUUUGGAUGAAGAAGACAAAGAUGAUCCCGAUGUUGGUAGAGUUUUAAAAUCUUUUUUAUCCUUGGUGUUCACAGAUCUCUCAUUUUUAGUUUUAAGGUGCAUGGUAAUGUACGAGGAGGAUUCAUUAUCAAUGGGUUUGAGUUUUGCGUACAAAAAUGCAAUUUCAGCAUUUAUUAGCAUUUAUUUGAUACUCAAGUACUUUUGUCAGAGGUGCGAUGAUUGUUAAAACAAAGAAGGUGGUUUCAUAUCGUAAGCAACAACACAUACGAAGAGAAGGCUUGUUUUAUGAGCAUAAAUUAAUUAACGCCUAAGGAGUCAUCUACGCAGGUUAAAGGGAGAUGGAGCCAUACAAGCUAAAAGGAGAAAAAGCGUACGCAUUUUUACAUUUUUUAGUAUUUUGGCACACAAAUCUGUAAACGAAUGUUUGUGAGAAACGCGUAAUAGAAUGUUAAAUCAGGGUUUUAACAAUAAAAAUAUUUUCGCACUCUUUUUUCUUAUUUUCGUUACAACUACUUUUGUUUUUGUAACAACUAUUUGUUUUUGUUUUUAUUUAUUUGUUUUGUUUAAUAAUUUAUUACAAACCUAUAUUUUUUUCCUGCAUAUUCCUAAUUUUAUUUUUCAUAAUUCUUUGCCUAACUAACUGAUUCACCUUCCAACGUAUUUGCGCUAAAGGCAAUGAAACAUUUAGGCUUAACGCCUUCCCAUGUUUUGCAAUGCAGAACUUACUAGACGAAAGCAGACAGUUUUUUAGGCCCCGCCUAAUUACGACCAAAAAGGCUUCAGAGAACCUUUCUAUAUCGAGCGAAUACGUUUUUUUAAGUUUUAUUGAGAUGACUUGUAAAAAGUGAAGAUUGCCAAAUUCAAACUUAAAAAGGGCUUCUUUUUCACUCAUAUUUUUCACUCGAGUAUCAUUUUAGGCAUCGUUUAACUUUCUUUCUUAUUAUAAAUUUAUCAACUUUAUUCCAAACUUCCACUAGUAAUAUUAUAAUUUUAAGACGAUUUUAAUUUUUAAUUUUAUGUUUGUUCUAGUAAAAAUUAAACGCCUCGGGGCUUGUGAUAAGCCCUUAGUCGAUUUUAAGUUUUAGUCGGUAAAUUUGAACACAGUACAUCAGCUAUAUAUUUGUAUCUUAUUGUAAUUUGUUUUUAUUAUGUUUUAAGUUAUGUUUACGUUAUGUUAAACAGUGCAACAUAAUGUAAUAAUCAUAAAACUUUAGUAAAAAAAUACUU